AUGCCAGGAGUACUGCGACACUUUGCCUCGGCGCUGCCCACGACCGCGGCGCGCUCGUCCCCGUCACCCCUCGCCGCUCUCUCGCGACCCAUCGCACUCCCUCAGGUUGGUUUCACCGCCGCUGCGUGGCGUGCGACCGGCUGGCAUGGUAAAUCAGUGACUCGCAGCUUCCAUGCGACUGGCGUGUCGGCUCACGGCGGCAAGGGACGGCCAAAGCCUGGCGAGGGCGUCACCCUUCACUUCAAAAAGCCGAACGGCGAGAUCGUGACUGUUGAGGCGAACGAGGGCGACGACAUCGUCGACGUGUCGUGGGAGUAUGACCUGGAUAUCGAGGCUGCUUGCGAAAAGUCUGUCGCCUGCUCGACAUGUCACGUCAUUCUUGAGGAGAAGGUAUACGACUCGCUUCCGGAGCCGGACGACGAUGAGAACGACAUGCUCGACCUCGCGUUCGGUCUGACGGACACAUCCCGUCUUGGCUGCCAGGUCAAGGUCACGAAGGACAUGCAGGACACGACAAUCACGCUGCCUAGCGCGACGAGGAACUUGCGGGUUGACGGGUUCUCACGCUUCGGAACGCCCGCAGGAAGCAAGCCUACGCAUCACUAG